AUGUAUACCUUGGUGAGAACUUUGGCUGUGAGGUUACUGAUUUCCAUCAUUAUCUUUAUGCCUGAUUCAGGUACUUCAUGUAUGGAUGAAAAACAGAUUAUACAGAAUAAUUCAUCCCCUCUUGCAGAAGCUAACUUUAGGCUGUCUGUAGAGAUGGGCUCGACGACGGUGCUCUGUUGCCCUGAUGUCCUACUGACAAACGUGCUGCUAACAACGUGGAAAAUCACCCUCAGAGGUCAGCCCUUAUGCACAAAAUCCUAUGAUAAGGAAGAAAAUCAGACCUCUGACAACUGCACUGAUGAGAGGAUAACGUGGGCCUUCAGACCUGACCUGAGUCCUCACCUUCAGAUUAAUGGAGCGGCUGUCACACAUGAUGGAAUUUACAUCUGUGAAAUGGUAAACUCUACUGGGAAUUUCCAACAUGAAUUUCAACUCCAAGUGCUAGUGCGCCCUGAAGCAAACAUCUUUCUCAACAAGAAUAAAACCGUGGUGUGCCAGGCAGUGGCAGGCAAGCCGGCUGCACAGAUCUCCUGGAUUCCACCAGGGCACUGCCAGAAGGAAGAAACGACCAGCUACAGCAACCGCACAGUGACGGUCAGGAGCAGCUGCAGCUACUCAGGGAACGUGUCCACCGUGACCUGCUUGGUCUCGCAUUUGACUGGGAACUGGAGUCUGUCUGAAUCUCUGAGUCCUGAAGAGCUUUACAUUCACAGCAAAAUUGAGCGGAAAGUACAGAAAAUUCUCAUCGAAGCUUUGACCUCACCGGGCACCACAUCCCCUGCUGUGGACAACCUCACUGUUGUUAUAUUUACAACAGUCACUGAACCCACGUGCACUCAUGAUCCGCACACAAAGUCUAUAGUUUCGAUUAGCGUUAUGUCUUGGUGA